CACCGACCCCCUCUUUUAUCGGACUCCACGACUCUCCCCGUUCCAGCAUCCCAGCUCACCGUUUCUUCCAUUUCUCAGGUAGUAUCCUCCUGCAACCUAUGCACCCAGGUUUUUCCCCCUCCUAAUCCGAACCAGCAUUGAUUUUGUCCGGUGAGAGCUGAUCCUAAACUCAAGCAGAGAUGGAGGGGACCGUGUUCACGCCAUCGCUGCAAGGCAUUAAGAAUGUCAAGUCAGAGAGCGGUGUGAUCCUAACGAAGCCGUUUCUUGAAGUUUGCAAGCACAUUCUUCCUGUGCUAGAUAAGUUUGGAUCGGCUAUGUCAAUCGUGAAGAAUGACAUUGGUGGUAAUAUUACGAGAUUGGAGACAAAAUAUGCAUCCGAUCCUUCAAAGUAUGAGCAGCUGCACAGCAUGGUGAAAGUUGAGAUCAGCUCUAAGACAGCAAAAAGUUCUAGCAGUUGUACCAAUGGCCUUUUGUGGUUGACAAGAGCCAUGGACUUCCUGGUUGCACUGUUCCAUAAUUUGGUACAGCACCCAGAUUGGCAAAUGUCACAAGCUUGCAGCGAUGCGUACAGUAAAACUCUCAAGAAAUGGCACGGAUGGCUGGCGAGUUCAAGCUUUUCGGUUGCCAUAAAGCUUGCUCCAGACAGGAAGAAAUUCAUGGAGAUCAUUAGUGGCUCAGGUGAUAUCAACGCAGACAUCGAGAAGUUUUGUGCAACUUUCUCCCCAUUGCUGGCAGAAAACCAUAGGUUUCUGGCAAGUGUCGGUAUGGAUGAUCUCAAGGCAUCUUGAUGCAGUACACUCUGUUGAUGAGACUAAUCAGUUUGCACAGAAAUAAUUGAAUCGCAGUCAUUAUCUAUUUAUGUGUAUUGUACUAUAUACUACUUAUAUUUGUUUCUGUGUUUGUACAAGUAGUUGCUGGCCUUGAUAUUUUGAAGCAAUUAAUGACAAAGGGAACUGUUGUGAUGAAGUUUAUAUAUUUUGUUUCAUUUUGUGCA